GUGUACAACAUUAGGAUUUUUGUUUUGUUUUUUUUGUUUGUUUUUUUGUUUUGUUUUGUUUUUUUUUUCUCUGUGUGAGCUUGCUUCAGAGGACGAGUACCGCGCUAGUGACCACUGGAGUGGCGAAGCAGCACCGCUUGAAUAAGGGGAAACAUGGGCCAUGUGGCACUCGUCAUUGAUGCUCUCUCCACGUACAUACCUCUCUGCAUGCACAGGAAGAUCAAGUAGACCCCGGAAGUCCGUUUGGACUCGUGGGUUGCAUUGUAGAGGAUUCGUGCGCGGUCCGGAGAGCAUGGGGUAGACGGUGAACUCGAAACGUGGCUACAAUGAAGAAUUCGUGUUGAUGUUCAUGGGAAUUCAAAUCUAUGACAUAGCUUUGUGCUUUCUGAGGAUGGUAGGAUGUUGGUAACGACCAAAUAAACUGUUUCCCUCACUCGCACGUAGUUGAGUUUAAAGCUUUCUGUCGGGGGUGUUGGCGAGUGUGGUGAGUGAGUCGUUUUCUUCGUUGUAAUAUGGGGUUGAGAGGACUUGUGAAUUUUAAAAUUCCUUGAGCCAAUCUUUUCUUUUUUAAAGUCGAGUUUUCUCAUCUCUUGUUGAUUCGAGACAAUGUGGCGGCCUAAACCCGCCACCCGAAAUCUCCUUCUAUGAGUGUACCGUUCGUGCUGGUGUUUUGAGGGACUUUUGUGUUAGUUUGUGUCGUGAUUCAUUUUGUUAGUUGUUUGGUGCUUUGCUCAUUCAGUCUGCUGAUGGUCUGUCUGGUUGCCCGGUAUUCUUGCACUCAUCACACCCUUUUUCUUAUCUCACUGUUUCUCUACACUUUUAUUCCUAUAUCUGGAUUACUUUACUAGUGAAAUUGCUGAGGCAUCUUUCUUUAUAGACUUUUGCCAGCUGAUGUAUGUGCACGAUCAUACUCUCGCUGCAUCAAUGGGAUUAAGAUUCUGCUGUGACCCCAACACUCUAAGCACAAGUGGAUCUCGCUUCAGUUGACCAUAUUCGAAUUUCGCACUGCGUUCAAGUUGGAGCAUCUUUGUUGUAGGAGCACUAGUCUGGCAUAGGGCUUUACAAAAGGAGCAGCCACGCGAAUCUCGUAAUUGACGGCAGGUUUACGGUUACUCCUUUGAAAUGGACGAUGAGCAUGCAAGGCGCAGGCGCGGGACAUAAUUUACAGAUACCACACCCUUCAAUGCAAUUAUCCUUGCGCUCUUGUGACCGGUUCAUGAUUCACCCAACAGUCGCUUUGUAACCUCCUGGCGCUACAAAGAACCACCUCGUAAAAGGCACAUGGUUACUGUGCCCAGAUCAGACAUGGCAACAACUGAUGCAGAGACAGGAUCUUCAAAUUACGGGGCGCAGGAAAAACUACCAAUGAAGGCGCUCUUAAUAUUGGCAUAUCAGAGCUUUGGAGUAGUCUAUGGUGACCUUACCACCUCACCUCUCUACGUGUACCGUAAUACGUUCUCGAGUUUUGGGCUCAAAAUACACGAAAGUGGUGAAGAAAUUUUGGGCGUGUUAUCCUUUAUUUUCUGGACGUUGACGAUUAUUCCUUUCAUCAAAUAUGUGUUCAUCGUACUGUGUGCAAGUGACAACGGCGAAGGGGGAACAUUUGCUCUUUAUUCUCUUUUAUGCCGCCAUGCAAACCUGAGUUUGUUGCCCUAUCAACAAGAUGCUGACAUGCAGCUGUCUACGUAUAAGGUGGAGACGUCAAGGGAAGUAAAACAAGGGCUGCGGGCGAAGGAAUUUUUCGAAAAGCAUCCGCGAUUUCGCACGGGGCUCCUUGUAGUCGUCUUGUUGGGGACUUGCAUGUUCAUAGCCGAUGGUGUUUUCACACCUGCCAUAUCUGUGUUAUCAGCGGUAACUGGCAUCAAAGUUGCAAUACCGAGCCUUCACGAAGAUAUUGUAAUUGCAGUGUCAUGCUGUAUACUGAUUGGCUUAUUCGCUCUUCAACACUUUGGCACACACCAAGUUGCUUUCCUGUUUGCACCGAUUGUGAUUGCGUGGCUCUUCUGCAUCGCCAGCGUUGGAUUGUACAACAUAAUAAUUUACAAUCCGCGGGGAAUCUGGGCUGCCUUGUCUCCAGUGUACAUGUACAAGUUUCUGAAACUUGCUGGAAGAGAUGGUUGGACCUCUCUCGGUGGGAUCGUCCUUUGCAUGACGGGAACUGAAGCAAUGUUUGCGGAUCUAGGCCACUUUAACCAAAUGUCUAUCAAGAUUGCGUUCACAACUGUGGUUUAUCCUUGUUUACUCUUGGGAUAUAUUGGACAAGCUGCUUACCUGUACAAAAAUCCAGGCGAUGUUUCAGAAAGCUUCUACAAGUCUAUUCCAAGGCCUGUUUUCUGGCCUGUAUUUGUUGUCGCUACACUGGCAGCUGUUGUUGGGAGUCAAGCUGUCAUUACAGCAACCUUUUCGAUCAUCAAGCAGUGUCAAUCUCUUGGCUGUUUUCCAAGGGUCAAAUUGAUUUACACAUCCAAAAGAAUUCAUGGCCAGAUAUAUAUACCUGAAAUCAACUGGAUCUUAUUCAUUUUGUGCUUGGCCGUUACCGUUGGAUUCAGAGACACAAUUACCAUUGGGAAUGCAUACGGUCUUGCGGUCAUUACAGUUAUGCUCGUGACGACAUGCCUGAUGGCUUUGGUCAUUCUGGUAGUGUGGAGACGAAAUAUAAUUGAGGCUCUAGGAUUCCUCGUGAUUUUUGGAGUUAUUGAAUUGUUUUACAUCUCUGCCUGUAUCAUGAAAGUUCCUCAAGGGGGAUGGGUUCCGUUGGUAUUGACAGUCGUCUUCAUGAGCAUCAUGUACAUCUGGAACUACGGGACGAUAAAAAAAUACGAGUACGACUUGCAGAAUAAAGUCAAUAUGGAAACGCUACUGAAAAUCGGGGGAAAUCUGGGACUUGUUCGUGUUCCGGGUGUGGGUUUGGUCUACACAAAGCUUGUAACAGCCGUUCCACCCAUUUUCUCUCAUUUUUUCACCAACUUACCGGCUCUUCAUGAUGUCCUGGUACUGGUCUCCAUUAAAUCUGUGCAAGUGCCUUACAUUCCCUCGAACGAGCGGUGUCUUGUAGGACGAAUUGGUCCAAAGAGAUUGCGUAUGUACAGGUGUGUCGUCCGUUAUGGAUAUAAAGAUAUACAUAAAGAUGACCACAAGUUUGAGGACAAACUUCUUCAGAGUUUAGGUGAAUACAUUUUGAUGGAGGACGACGCCGAGGAGGAGGGAAACGGCUUCGACGAUGGAGCCGAUGGGAAGAUGCAUCUUCCAGGAAUUCAAUCAUCCAGUUUGGUGCAUGCUGUAAACAAUGACGGUGCUUCUAAAGAGAGAUUUGGGAAAGGAAAAGAGUCUUCUGGAAACUCUAAGGUUAGUAGCAGUGAGAAUCCCUCGCGGACAAAUGGCAAGAAGCGCGUUCGCUUUGAGACCCCGGCGCGCAAAGAACUAAAUCCAGCCGUUCGUCAGGAAUAUGAAAAGCUCAAAGAAGCCAGGGAGAAGGGUGUGGUGUAUAUUUUGGGUCAUUCCCACGUACAGGCAUCAAGUGCAUCGUCAAUGAUAAAGAAGUUUUCCAUAAACAUCGUCUACACCUUCUUGAGACGGAUAUGCAGAGGACCUGGGGUUGUAUUACACAUACCUCAAGAGAACUCCAUCCAAAUUGGCGUGGUCUACAGAGUAUAGCGGGGUGUCUCCUUGUACUUCUAACUCGCAUCAACCGUUUGCAUGUUUAUGACCUUGUAGAUCCAAAUUUGGCUUCUAUGUGAAAGAAAAUGAGGCUGGUAAUGAAAUUCCAAAGAUUCUAGCACGAAUCUGAGAAACUAGGAAACGUUGCAUCCACUGCAAAUGAGAUUACUCGCUGUUUUUGUGUACUUGAAAGUCAAGCGAGUGUAUAUUAACAUAAUUAUAGGAUUCCCUUUUUGUACAAACCACAGAUUUAGUGAAAGCUAUAAGUAUAAUUGUUUUGCAGAUACCGAUGCAAGAAAAUAUGUUUGGUAGAGGGAUAUAAUUUCGAUGGGAUUGAAAGGAAGUAAAUGAGUGCUCACUGUGACGUAGUCUUGGUUCUUGACGAUGCAAAUAGCAAGUACCGUUACGAUACUUUGAUAGUCAUUGGUUUUGAUCGUGCGCGGAAUUGUCAGCGUUUUCUUUUCUAUAAAUCAAAUCUACGCGUAA